AUGGCGAUCUCGGUUGAACUCAUUCUGGGAAUCGCGGUCGCCACGGUAGUCGCGGUUCUGAUCAGUCGGCUGCUGAUAACCCAGCGGUCCAACAAACAACUCAAUGACAGUCCUAAAGACAAGCCACGUCCCAGAGACUUCACUUUCCGUGUGGAUGAGAUCCCAGCUGGAACAUCCCGAUCAGUUUUGGAGACGAAUUUGAGAACGCUGCAGGCCACUGCACUUCCGAUCCUCAAAGAUGCCCUAGGAACAUUAGAAAUACGCUCACUGGCGACAAGAGAUGCCCAUUUUGCCUGCGCUACCGCUACCAUCACCACCCCGCUUUCCGAGGCCGACUUGUUCAGGAGCCUCCACAAAGCUCUAAGAGCCGUGGGGCUUCCCUACCGUUGCGACUGCAAUUUCCUCGGCAUCACGCCUCUCUACGAUAGUGAGGCCAGUGCCGACGCUUGCGACGUGAUUGCGGUGCCUGGUCUUGCGAGUCACGCCGUUGGCUCGUGGAAGACACCGGGGGAGAAUGAGGUCUGGCUGCGCGACUGGCUCCCUAAAGACAUUCCCAAUGUCCGCGUGCUGCUCUACGGCUACGACACGACGCUUUUGAAGAACGAGUCGACGUCUUCGAUUGAGGACUUGAGCCGGAGGCUCCUCGAGAGCGUGACGACGUUCAGACUGAGUACAAACGUGUGUGCUGCCUACUCGCCCAGAAGCAUUAAUCAAGCUGACGAAACUGAGCAGACCCAGAGCCGCCCCGUCAUCUUCAUUGGUCACAGUCUUGGCGGACUGUUAGUUAAAGAGGCACUUGUCCAGGCAUACAGGAGCCCCGACUCCAAGCCCAUCCACAAGCCUCUUUACAAGAAUUGCUGCGGCAUAAUCUUCUUCGGCGUCCCGCAUCUCGGUCUGCGGAACGAAGCGCUCAAGACCCUCGUAGAAGGCCAGCCUAACCAAGCCUUGGUUGAUUCCAUCGUCGUGGACAACGAGUCUGAGCCGUCUCAUUUCCUGGCGCGGAUCUCGGACGACUUCGCCAGGUGUUUUCAUGGCGAAACGCGCGUGGUGUCGUUUUAUGAACGCAAAAGGAGCCCGACGGUCGAGAUGCACAACGGAAAGCUAAGCAAGACCGGUGCCAAAGUCCUUAUGGUCACGAGGAAGUCCGCCACGAGCACCGGUAUCACCGGCGUCUCCGAGGAAGACAACAUUCCCCUGGAGGAGGACCAUUCCGGUCUCGUCAAGUUUCAGUCGCGGGGACAAGACGCGUAUAGCGUUGUGAGGGAGCGGAUCAGGAGCUUCGUAUCAAAGGCUGCCUCAGUGGACAAUUACGAGGGUAAGGACACAAAUGCGUAUGGUUGA